GUACUUAUACAACCCAAGAAAAGUGUGAACUACCAAUAACAGGGCAGAGCGGGGAGCACGGAAGGUGGCUAGCUAACAAAAUAAACCGUACAUAUAAAAGUUAACCACAGCCAUCUCUGAAACUCAACAUGAGCGAUGUACCAUCUAGCACUAAGUUGUCGGGAGAAUUAUUUCUAAAUGGUGAUCUCGAAUACCAUAAUAAGUCAGUAACGGUCACUAGGCGUCUCUCAAGCGUCGCUCCCAUAAGUUUCCACGACGAUUUUGAACUCGACGAACACAGGGCAGACACAGAUUCCCAAGUAACAGAACUCUCUAAAGCUUAUCGACAUAUUCUGACGGCAAUCGGAGAAAACCCUGAGCGACAAGGACUACUGAAGACCCCCGAACGUGCAGCUAAUGCUCUGAUGUUCUUUACUCAUGGUUACGGACAGAAAAUACAAGAUGUGGUGAAUGACGCCAUCUUCCAAGAAGACCAUGAUGAAUUAGUAAUCGUCAAGGAUAUCGAGAUGUUCUCAAUGUGUGAGCACCACCUAGUGCCGUUCAUUGGAAAGUCCAUUCAAGAACGACUCACGAAGCAGAUUGCUCUUGCUAUUGUUGAGGCUAUCAGUCCUACAGGGGUAGGAGUUGUUAUUGAAGCCACCCACAUGUGUAUGGUGAUGCGUGGUGUUCAAAAAAUCAAUAGCAAAACCUUGACUAGCACCAUGCUUGGCUAUUUUCGGGAAGACCCAAAGACCAGAGAAGAAUUUCUAACCCUAAUUCGACAAUAAAGUUCCAUAGUUUAAUAUAUUUUUUCAGUGUUAUAAAUCUUGAAAUAAAUAUUAACAU